AUGAAGGGUGAGCCCUACCAUCCCUAUCACUUCAACUGCAAGAACUGUGGCGUAGAGUUGAAUUCAGACGCGCGAACCAUUAAAGAAGAGCUGUAUUGCCUUCGAUGUCACGACAAAAUGGGAAUUCCUAUCUGUGGUGCCUGUCAUCGACCCAUCGAAGAGCGUAUAGUGACAGCACUGGGCAAGAACUGGCACGUCGAGCACUUUGUCUGCGCCAAAUGCGAAAAGCCAUUUCUGGGACACAGACACUACGAGAAGAAGGGUUUGGCUUAUUGUGAAACACAUUAUCACCAAUUAUUUGGAAACCUGUGCUUUGUAUGCAAUCAAGGAGAUGUAUUCACAGCGUUGAACAAGGCGUGGUGUGUGGAGCACUUCCAAUGUUCGUGGUGUGACACUAAGCUUAAUCAGAAGUCCAAGUUCUAUGAUGUUGAUCUUAAGCCAUGUUGCAAAAACUGUUACGCAAAGUUUCCAACCGAACUCAAGAAACGCCUGAAAAAACAAUACACUGAGAGAACAAUUACCACAAAGAGUAUCCUUUAAAAGAAGAUCUACUUAUUUGUUGUUUAUUAACUCUAUAAUCGAUUUUUUAAUACAAUUUUAUUUUAUUUUAUUCUUAACAAUAAUAUAUUGAAUCGGUUAUAAAGUUGUAUUGAAGUCAAUUGCUCUGCCAAUUGAUUGAAUGUAAUGGCAGUAAUAAUUGCUAAAAGUGAAUAUUUUUAGCAAACAAACUCUAGUUAACUUUAAGCACUACUGACUUUAAUUUAAUUUAAUUAAUUCCAAGACAUUAUACAUUGAACUGUAGUUUAGAAAUUUAAGCCAUUUAUGAAUGUAUACAUUUCUAUAGAUAUGCUUUAUAUUGAAUACCCGAUCCAUAUGUUAACUAACAAAGCAAUGAAUUUUUACUAAUAUUUUAUUUAAUUAAUUUAUGUAUUUUUAAUUAUUACAAUUUUGAGAUAAUUUUGUUUUUGCUUCAGUAAAACAAAAUACAAUUGACUGCCUUUCGAGUGCCUAAUAGUCUUUAUAUUGUGCCUAAC